AUGUCGGAGCACCGGUCCAGUUUUCUGCACAUUGGGGACAUCGUGUCUCUUUACGCGGAAGGCACUGUCAAUGGGUUUAUAAGCACUUUGGGGCUGGUGGAUGACAGGUGUGUGGUUCAACCAGAUGCUGGAGAUCUGGCUAAUCCACCUAAGAAAUUCAGAGAUUGCCUCUUUAAGGUGUGUCCGAUGAACAGGUACUCUGCUCAGAAGCAGUUCUGGAAAGCCAAACAGGGGAAACAAGGCAACAACACACAAGGAGAUCUGUUUAAGAAAUUACAGCAUGCAGCUGAGCUGGAGCAGAAACAGAAUGAGACAGAGAACAAGAAGUUACUUGGAGAGGUUGUCAAAUACAGCAGAGUUAUACAGUUGCUGCACAUUAAAAGUAAUAAAUUCCUGACAGUCAACAAGCGUUUACCUGCUCUCUUGGAGAAGAAUGCGAUGCGUGUGUCUCUGGACCCCUCUGGUAACGAGGGCUCCUGGUUUUACAUUCAGCCUUUCUGGAAGCUUCGAAGUGAGGGAGAUAAUGUGGUGGUUGGGGAUAAAGUUGUCCUGAUGCCUGUGAACGCUGGCCAGCCACUUCAUGCCAGCAAUAUCGAGCUUCUGGAUAACCUUGGCUGUAAAGAGGUUAAUGCUGUGAACUGUAACACCAGCUGGAAGGUCACACUCUUUAUGAAGUUCAGUGAUUACCGAGAUGACGUCCUUAAAGGGGGGGAUGUGGUGCGGCUGUUCCAUGCUGAACAGGAGAAGUUUCUCACCUGUGACGAGUAUAAGAAACAGCAGCACAUCUUCCUCAGAACCACUCUCCGUCAGUCUGCAACCUCCGCUACCAGCUCCAAAGCCCUCUGGGAAAUAGAGGUGGUGCACUACGACCCCUGCAGAGGUGGCGCCGGCCAGUGGAACAGUCUUUUCCGAUUCAAGCAUCUUGCCACUGGCAACUACCUGGCAGCGGAGGUGAAUCCUGAUUACAAAGAUGACAGUGCAGAUCCUGCCGGUGAGACGGAAACAGACGGCGUUUACUCGAAGAAGAAGCGUCCGGCGGAGAAAAUCACGUACACUUUGGUUUCCGUGCCACAUGGCAACGACAUUGCCUCUCUGUUUGAGCUGGAUGCCACCACCUUACAGAGGGCAGACUGCCUCGUGCCCAGAAACUCCUACGUUAGGUUACGGAACCUGUGCACCAACACCUGGGUAACCAGCACUAAUAUUCCCAUCGAUGUGGAUGAAGAACGACCAGUUAUGCUAAAGAUUGGUACCUGCCCCACCAAGGAGGACAAAGAGGCAUUUGCCAUUGUCUCUGUGCCGCUGUCUGAGGUGCGAGAUCUGGACUUUGCCAAUGAUGCCAAUAAAGUGCUAGAGUCGUUCGUGCGGAAACUGGAAAACGCCAACGUGGCUCAGAACGAGAGAAGGUUCGUGACUAAGCUUCUGGAAGAUCUGAUCUUCUUCGUGUGUGACGUCCCAAAUAAUGGUCAAGACGUACUAUCUGUGGUCAUCUCCAACCCAAACCGCGAGAGGCAGAAACUCAUGAGAGAGCAGAACAUUCUUGCUCAGAUCUUUGGUAUUCUGAAAGCACCGUUUGCUGAGAGCGAGGAUGGACCGAUGCUGAAGUUGGAGGAUCUGGGUGACCAGCGAUACGCUCCCUUCAAAUACAUGCUCCGUUUGUGCUACAGAGUCUUACGCCACUCUCAGCAGGACUACAGAAAGAACCAGGAGUACAUAGCCAAGAAGUUCUCCAUUAUGCAGUCUCAGAUUGGUUACGAGAUCCUCGCGGAGGAUACGAUAACAGCCUUACUCCACAACAACCGGAAGCUGUUAGAAAAACACAUCACGGCACGAGAGAUUGAGACCUUUGUCAAGCUUCUGCGGCGAAACCGCGAGCCCAGGUUCCUGGAUUACCUAUCAGACCUGUGUGUAUCUAAUAAAACAGCGAUCCCUGUGACUCAGGAGCUCAUAUGCAAAUUCAUGCUGAACCCUUCCAACGCAGACAUUCUCAUCCAGACCAAGUACGACUCUCUAGAGGCUUGGAACAAUCUGGAGUCGUCUCUGAUGCAGGACGACACUGAUGAUGAGGAGGUGUGGCUCUACUGGAUUGACAGUAACAAAGAGCCUCAUGGCAAAUCCAUCCGCCACCUGGCCCAGGACGCCAAGGGCAACCACAAAAUGGACACUGACAUCAUCACCUACUACAGGUGUCAGUUGAAUCUCUUUGCUAAGAUGUGUCUGGACAGGCAGUACCUGGCCAUAAAUCAGAUCUCCAGUCAGUUGCCGGUGGACCUAAUUCUGCGCUGUAUGUUUGAUGACUGCCUCCCUUAUAACCUCCGCGCCUCCUUCUGCCGUCUCAUGCUCCACAUGCACGUGGACAGGGACCCCCAAGAAGCCGUGGUGCCCGUGCGCUACGCCCGUCUCUGGACCGAAAUCCCCUCCAAGAUCUCUGUGCAUGAAUAUGAGUAUGAGUUCCGAGACAUGUCCAGAGAGGAGAUGAAGAGAAAGUUUGCUCCCACCAUGGAGUUUGUCGAUGAGUAUCUCAAAGACGUGGUCAGUCAGCACUUUCCCUUCGGAGACAAAGACAAGAAUGAGCUCACAUUAGAGGUGGUGAACUUGGCGAGGAACCUGGUCUACUUUGGCUUUUACAGCUUCAGUGAACUCCUGCGGCUCACGCGCACUUUGCUGGCCAUCCUGGACAUAGUCCAGCAUCCACUCACAUACAUGGCCAAGCUCAACAAGAGCCCCGAGGCAGGGAAUAACGUGUUGCGCACCAUCCACGGCGUGGGCGAGAUGAUGACUCAGAUGGUCCUGAGUCGAGGGUCCAUUCUGCCUCACAGUCUCCCGGACGCUCAGUCGAGCAUGCGCCAUGGCAAACCCCUUUGUCUCCCUGACAACGAGGACGUCAUGGUGAUGGACACCAAGCUGAGAAUCAUUGAGAUUCUGCAGUUUAUUCUUAGCGUGCGUCUGGAUUACCGCAUCACAUACCUGCUGUCGAUUUACAAGAAAGAGUUUGGAGACCAGGGGAUCACAGACAGCUCUCUCUCUGUGACGGAGUGUCCUCCUCUGUCUGAGCCAGACAUUGAUGAGAUUGCUGCAAAAGCAGAGAGCAUGUUUUCGGGAGGUAAAGAGAAGAGCGCGGUGGAGCUGGACGACGAGGGAGGCAGGACGUUUCUUCGGGUGCUGAUUCACCUGAUCAUGCAGGACUACCCUCCUCUGGUGUCCGGAGCUCUACAGCUCAUCUUCAAACACUUUAGCCAGAGAGCUGAGGUGCUGCAGGCCUUCAAACAGGUCCAGUUGCUUGUGUCUGAACAGGAUGUGGAGAACUAUAAACAGAUAAAAGCUGACCUGGACCAGUUGCGUCUGACUGUGGAGAAGUCAGAACUGUGGGUGGAAAAGAGCGGUGGCUACGGCAACGAAGACAUGACUGAGAACCAGGCUAAGGAACAGAACAUCGAGGAGGCUGGUAUCCUGAGCCCAGUGCAAGAUGGGAACAUAAAACCACAAAUUGACAGCAACAAAGCUAACAACUACAACAUUGUCAAAGAGAUUUUACAGAGGCUCAGUAAGCUGUGCUAUCCGGCGAAGAAGAGUCGUGUUCAGCAGCAGAGACUCCUGAAGAACAUGGGUGCCCACACUGUGGUUCUGGACCUACUGCAGAUACCAUAUGAGAAAGGUGAUGAGAAAAUGGCCGAGAUCAUGACCCUAGCACACACUUUCCUGCAGAACUUCUGUCGUGACAACCCGCAGAACCAAACACUGCUGCACAAACACCUUAACCUCUUCCUCACACCUGGGCUCCUGGAGGCGAAAACCAUGCGGUACAUCUUCCGGAAUAACUACCAUCUGUGUAACGAGAUCAGUGACCGGGUAGUGCAUCACUUUGUUCACUGUAUCGAGACCCACGGCAGACACGUCCAGUACCUCCGCUUCCUGCAGACCAUCGUCAAGGCUGACGGCAAAUACGUGAAAAAAUGCCAGGACAAAGUCAUGACAGAGCUGGUGAAUGCAGGAGAGGACGUCCUGGUGUUCUACAACGACCGAGCUUCCUUCCCCGUCCUGCUCCAGAUGAUGUGUUCUGAGCGGGAGAGGAGCGAUGAGGCGGGAGAUCUGGCCUAUCACAACACGCUGGUGGAGCUGCUGGCCGCCUGCACCGAGGGCAAAAAUGUCUACACCGAGCUUAAAUGCAACUCUCUGCUCCCCCUCGACGACAUCGUCAAGGUGGUAACCCAUGACGACUGCAUCCCCGAGGUGAAGAUAGCUUACGUGAAUUUUGUGAAUCACUGCUAUGUGGACACAGAGGUUGAGAUGAAAGAGAUUUAUACCAGUCACCACAUCUGGAAGCUCUUUGAGAACUUUCUUAUCGACAUGUCCAGGGUGUGCAACACCACCACAGACAGGAAACACGCAGACACCAUGCUGGAGAGAUACGUCACAGAGACAGUUAUGGCCAUCGUUAAGGGAUUCUUUGGCUCCCAAUUCUCUGUCAACAACUCCAACCUGCAGACCCAUCAGCCCAUCUUUAUCCAGCUGCUGCAGUCUGCCUUCAGGGUGUACAACUGUACCUGGAUUAAUCCUCUUCAGAAAGCCAACAUCGAGAGCUGCAUCAAGACCCUGGCUGACGUGGCUAAGAAUCGAGCCAUAGCUAUCCCUGUGGAUCUGGACAGUCAGGUAAACACACUGUCUAUGAAGACACACACCACCAUGGUGCAGCGAGCUGCCAAAGACUGGAGACUGUCUGCACGCGCCAGGCCCCGCAAAGAACCUUUAGGGGCCCCAGACUACAAGAGCAUAAUUGAGAAACUGCAGGGUGUUGUGGCGUGUCUGGAGGAGCAGUUCAGUCCGCGGGUCCAGGCGGAGUUCUCCGUGCUGGUGGAUGUGUUGCACAGCCCCGAACUCUUGUUUCCUGAGCCGGCACGUCUGCGCUGCGAGACUGGAGCCUUCAUGUCCAAACUAAUCAAACACACUAAGAAGCUGAUGGACAAAGAGGAGAAGCUUUGUAUUAAGAUCUUGCAGACGCUGAGAGAGAUGCUGGAUAAGAUUGAGGGGUUUGACGAGUCUGGUAACACACUGAGGAAGACUCUGUUGGCACACUACUUUGGACACCAGCGGUUACACUCCAAAUCUUUAUCUCUGGACUAUGGCAGUGGGAACAGCUCCUCCAGCGGCUUUAGCAAACCGUCCUCUGGAGGUGGCUCUCAGGGAAUGGAUUCUGAUAAGCCUGGUUCCAGUAUGGUGGAUAUCCAGUGCAUGCUGGACAGCGUCGGCGCCACGGAGAUGGUCAUCGACCUCAUCGUUAGCACCAAGAACGACCGCGUGUUUGAAGAGAGCAUCCAUCUGGGCAUCGCACUGCUCCGAGGAGGAAAUACCCAAAUCCAGAACUCGUUCUAUAACCAGCUGUACAAGCAGAAGAAGUCGGAGAAGUUCUUUAAGGUGUUUUACGACCGGAUGCAGCUGGCACAGAAAGAGAUCCGCUCCACCGUGUCCGUCAACAUGUUUGAGCUCGGCAGUCGCAAACGAGACGAGGAGGGCUCCGAGGGCACGGGCAUCCGCCACAAGAAGGGGGAUACCCUCCAUCUGAAAGAGGACAUGCGAGGACAGCUACGAGAAGCCUCCUCUGCAACCUCUAAGGCCUACAGCACCUUCCGGAAGGAGCUGGACCCAGACCUGGAGCUGGUGGGCUCUGGGGCAGAGGGGCAGGAGGAACCGGUGGAGGAGACCCAGAUGAGUUACGCAAUCACCAUCAUGAAACCAAUCCUACGCUUUCUGCAGCUCCUUUGCGAGAACCACAACAGGGACCUACAGAAUUUCCUGCGUGAUCAAAAUAACAAGACUAACUAUAACUUGGUGUGUGAGACGCUCCAGUUUCUGGACUGCAUCUGUGGCAGCACCACUGGAGGUUUGGGUUUACUCGGCCUUUACAUCAACGAGAGGAACGUGGAUUUGGUCAGACAAACCUUAGAGACCAUCACUGAGUACUGUCAAGGACCUUGCCAUGAAAAUCAGUCAUGUAUAGCCAAACACGAGUCCAACGGGAUCGACAUUAUCAUAGCCCUUAUCGUGAAUCCCAUCGACCCUUUGGGAAAACAUCGGCUGGACCUGGUGCUCGAACUGAAGAACAACGCAUCCAAAUUACUUCUGGCUAUUAUGGAGAGUCGCCAUGACAGUGAAAAUGCUGAGAAAAUCCUUUACAAGAUGAGGCCCAAUGAGCUGGUGGAUGUAAUGAAAGAGGCCUACGCCCAGAGUAUGGAGAGUGAGGCUGAUGAAGACAGUACAGGAGACCAGAUACGGCCCAAAGACGUCGGCCACAACAUUUACAUCCUUGCACACCAGCUGGCACGGCACAAGAAGAUCCUGCAGCAGAGUCUGAAGCCAGGGCCCGACCCAGACAUAGAGGGAGAUGACGCACUGAGAUACUACGCCAAUCACACUGCACAAAUAGAGAUUGUUCGAGACGACCGCACCAUGGAGCAGAUUGUGUUUCCCGUGCCCAACAUCUGCGAGUACCUGACCGAGGAGUCCAAGGCCCGCGUGUUCAUGACCACCGAGAGAGACGACCAGGGAAGCAAAGUCAACCACUUCUUCCAGCAGUUUGACGACCUUUACAACGAGAUGAGGUGGCAGAAAAAAAUGAGAAAUAACGUGGCUUUGUUCUGGGUGUCACGUCACAUCUCCAUGUGGAGCAGUAUCUCCUUUAAACUGGCAGUGCUGGUCAACCUGGCCGUCGCGCUCUUUUAUCCCUUCGGGGAUGACGGAGAUGAAGGGAUCUUACCGCCCUUCCUCUCUAUCUUGCUGUGGGUGGCAGUUGUUGUGAGUGCGAUUAUGCUCUUCAUCAUGCCCAGGCCUGGAGGCAUACUGACCUUCGUGUUUGUCAUCCUUCGAUCCAUAUACACACUGGGUUUAGCGCCCACCCUGGUGCUACUGGGUGUAGCCAAUCUCCUCAAUGAGAUCGUGUUCUUGGUGAGCUUCGUAGGAAACCAGGGGACGUUCACGCGCGGUUUCAAAGCCGUCGUCAUGGACGUGUCCUUCCUCAUUCAUGUCACCUUUGUCAUCAUCUGUAUGCUGGGCCUGUUCAUACACGAGUUCUUCUACAGCCUCCUGCUCUUGGACAUUGUACGGAGAGAAGAGACGCUGCAGAAUGUCAUAAACAGUGUUACGCGAAACGGCCGGUCCAUCUUCCUCACGGCCGUGCUGGCACUCAUCCUCGUCUACCUCUUCUCCAUCGGGGGCUUCAUCUUCUUCAAAGAUGACUUCCUCAUGGAGGUGGACCGCCACGCAGCUCCCGGAAAAAUUGAAAGCCUGAGGGCCACGGCAGGGUCUAUGACGUGUCAGGAGGACAACUGUCCGCACUCCCUUGCUGAACCAGAGGAGGAUGAUGGGACAGAACGUGUGUGUGACACGCUGCGCAUGUGUAUUGUGACGGUCAUGAACCACGGGCUGCGAAACGGCGGGGGGGUAGGAGACGUGCUCCGUAAGCCCUCCAAAGACGAGCCAAUGUUUGCUACUCGUGUGGUGUACGACCUCCUGUUCUUCUUCAUUGUCAUCAUCAUCGUCCUCAACCUUAUCUUUGGUGUAAUCAUCGAUACUUUUGCUGAUUUGAGGAGUGAGAAGCAGAGAAAGGAGGAGAUUCUGAAGACUACGUGCUUCAUCUGCGGGCUGGAGAGGGAUAAGUUUGAUAAUAAGACGGUGUCAUUUGAAGAGCACAUCAAAUCCGAGCACAACAUGUGGCAUUACCUGUAUUUCCUGGUCUUGGUGAGAGUGAAGGAUCCGACUGAGUAUACAGGACCAGAGAGCUACGUGGCCCAAAUGAUUAAGGAGAGGAACCUGGACUGGUUCCCCCGGAUGAGAGCCAUGUCCCUGGUGAGCAGUGAGGGAGAGAGUGAACAGAACGAGAUGCGGUGCCUGCAGGAGAAGUUGGAGAGCACGGUCACUUUGGUGGCUCAGCUCUCCAGCCAGCUGGCCGAGCUGAAGGAGCAGAUGACAGAGCAAAGGAAAAAUAAACAGAGACUGGGAUUCCUUGGACCACCACAAAUCAACCACCACCUUCCCCCUGCAGCACACUGACCCCCAUUGUCUCACACACACACACACACACACAGGCACGCACG